GAAACUAUGUGACUCCCUUAUAUGUUUUGCUGUGCAGAAGAAAAUGUGCCUUACACUCUGCCCUUUCAAGCCAUGCUUUAGUUCCACCACUGCAGCCCCAGGCCUUGGCCUCUGGGCAAGCCCCUCUGCAUGGCUCUCCUCCAUUUCUAAUUUAAAUAGCAGAUCAAUUCACAUGCAUAGAACUUGAUCACCUUACACACAGGUGGCCCAAACCUUCACAGGGACAAUUCCACUUGCAGACACCCCGGCUAAGACAACCCUCAAAAUCUUUAUACAAGAAGCAACUAGCUUUCUGUCUCUGUGAUGUUGGGCCUCCGUCUGUCCCUGUGUCCUGGCCCAUCCUUCCAUUUGGAAAAUUCUUUUGCCCAAAGUCACUAGCCCUGGAUCACAGACGCUAGUUCAGGCAGGCCUGGAUGUUAGCUGUCGUACAACACAAAAGAACCUGAGAGAGAUUUGACUAAAGCCAAUGGCCUCUGUAACCAGCUCCUCUGCAACUCCCCAAGCAAAGAGAAAGUGCCUAGUCAACACGAUCCCCGAACCACCAUUUGGAAGCUGUUGCUGCAGCCAGCCCUCAUGGCGUCUCUUGUGGAGGCCCUCCGUUUUAACCCUUGCAGUGUAGAGUUUUAUAUCAAGCACUCUCACUAAUGUCAUACCAGGCAUUUUACUUAUACCCGUACCACAACAAUAUUACUAACAGUGAAUAAUACAGCAUCUUUGUUCCCAACAUCACCUUGCUGGCCCCCAGCCUACCACCAACUCCACUCACCUACCAGUCCCUACUUAAGAAGAUGUCUCUGAUAGCAGCAACCCUGAAAGCACCAUUUAAAAUCCUUUUCUCCCCAUUUCUAGCCCAACAGCUUGACCCUCCCGGGGUUGGCAUGUGGGGUUGUCUCACUUGAUGGGUAGCUCUUUGACACACCACAAUAUCUUCCCCACUCAUCUCUGGCCUGGAAGUAGAGUCCUUAUUACACACAUCUGGCCCUCUCAGAUGUCCAUGGAACUUAUUAAUUUCCUGGCCCUUUGACUGGGUGCUUCAGACAAGGCUCUGUUAGUCCCAUGAUACCCUAAAAUAUCUCCUCAGCCUUUGAAACCAUGCAACUCCCUCUUCAGUGACUCUAUUACCUGGACCACUGCCCUUCUCUUUGCCUUCCCACGCUCUGCUUUAAUGCCACUAGGGCUGCUCCAGGCCUUGGCCUCUGGGCAAAUCCCCUCUCCUGCUGUCUCUCCUUCUCCAUUUGUAGUUCAAUCACAUGACAUACCCCAGCAGGGUUCGGUUCCUUUCCCUAAGCCCGAGUUGCAACCCAGGUAUCCAGCCUGGAGAGGCCAGUGGCCUGAACAGGGGAGUGGGAAUUGGAAGCUCCUGACCACAGCGUGCAAAUUCCUCUCCCUCUCAUUGUAAGGGGCGGAUCCCGCCCCCAGGGGGACUAAGGGCUUCAUGGGCCGAGGGGUGUGAGGUACAAGGCCUCCUGCCCUAACUAUAUUUGUGGGGGAGGGGAUAUAUCCCAAAAUAGAGGUGCAGCAAAGUGGCAUAAGGAAAGGGUGGGGGAUGGGCGGUCCCAGGCUGUUUGCACGGGGCCAGGUACCUGCUGCCCCGCACCCAGCCAGGCAGGGGAGGAGGCGGAGGCUGCUGGUUAGUGGCAAUAGGAACCAGCCAACCCUCGCCGGGCCGACCCCACACAAAGCCGGAUCCCCGCAGCGGCGCUGGCCCAGGGGGCUCGGCUGGCACCAGGCACAGGCGGCUACAGCCCCUGCCGAGCCGGUAGGAGGAGCCGGGGCUGCGAGGGAGGAGCCGCUCCGGCUCGGCAACACGGUGAUCCGGAGCAAGGUGCACAGGGAGCCGGGCCCAGCCGGGGGCCCGGCCAGCUCCGCCCCGGGAAUCCCGGUGCCACGGCAGCAGAGUCCCCGCCUCCAGCAGAGCAGGUGCGGCGGGCGGAAAGAGCCGUAACGCAGAGAUCCCGGGCUGGCUGCCGCCUGCCGGGGGAAGGGAGCUGGGCACCGGGGUAGGGAUGAUCCGCGCCCGGGGAGGUCCCGGCCCCUGAUGUGGCUCUGAAGCCGGAUGACAGCGCAGCCCCCUUCCUUCCCCUUCCCCGGUCUCACGGGCCCCGCGGCUCUGUCUCCCCGUAUCAUUAGCGGUCGGGCUCAGAUCCCUCCGAAUCCGGUGUGACCCAUGCGGCGAUCCGGCUCCGAUCUGGAUAUAGACCCUCCUUCUUGGUGAUCCGGCUCCCGCGGUACCCGGCUCCGUUGCGGAUUGCACACCUCUUUCCCAUCCCGGGAAUCGUGCUCCUUGACUCUACCCAUAACUGCGUCGAAUUUUGCAGCCGCUACAAGGAUUGGAGACUAUCUACCUGCUUCUAUUUGGAUUGCACAUAGUUUCCUUGCACCGCUCGAGGUUGCACAGCAGCGCUGCACGGACCCGAUUGCACAACAUCAGCACCGACACAGCUCCAGAUUGCACGUGAGUUACUUGCAGGAAUUGGGAUUGCACAGCAGCCUUUGCACAGGACCAUAUUGCACAUUAUUUACCUGCACCAAUCCGGAUUGCUCAGUAGCCUUGGGCUAAUCCAGACUGCACAAAAUCCUUUACACUAAUUAGAUUUGCACAGCAGAUCCCAACAUUGAUUGCACCAAUCCAGAUUGCACCUGCACUGAUCUGGAUUGCACAUUAAUCAUUUGCACCAAUUCAGAUUGCACAUUAUUUACCUGCACAGAUCCAGAUUGCACAGCAGCUUCUGCAGGUGUCUGUGGUGUUUGCUCACUGCCAAAACUGGUGAAAGAUGUUGCCGGGGUCUAUCCAGAUCUCUGGGGAGACUUUAUCAAGUGCUGAGAUCCGUGACAUUUGUGAGAGCCUGCGGGAGAACUCGGUGCGACUGCUGUCACUCCGGGGCUGCCAGCUUUCUGACCGGGAUUUCGAGCGCAUUUGCCGAGGGGUAGCGGAAUCUCACUCCUUGGCUCAGCUUAACCUCAACCUGGGGAUUGUGUCCAACAUCAACCGGGUCAAGCAACUGGCAGAAGCCCUGAAGACAAAUCGCUCCAUCCAAUCUCUGUUCCUCCAUGGGAGCCCCCUGACAGAUGCCGGCCUAGCUCUCCUCAAUCCAGCACUCUCCAUCCAUCCCUCUCUGGUGGCUUUGGACUUGGGAGACUGCAUGCUGGGUGACGAGGGCAUCAACUUGAUCUGUGGGCUCCUGCCUCCCGAUGGAGCCAAGUCAGGUGACCAGGUAGCAGGGAUGCUGGCUGUUGCUGUGGCCUCCAGUCGCACCCUGGAGGUUCUGGACUUGGAAGGAACAGGACUUACCAACCAUUCGGCCCAGACCUUGCUGGACAUGGUGGAGAAUUACCCAACAGCCCUGCGGACGCUGAUCCUGGCAGAGAACAGCAUCAGUCCUGAGCUGCAGCAGCAGAUCUCAGACCUGCUCUCCGAGGGUGAGGAAGAGGAGGAGAAUGAGGCUCAUGAAGUCACGGCCAGGGAGAAGAACCCCUGGAUCUGCCAGAGCAAUCCCAGCUCCCAGAUGGUCUUGGUGACGUCAGGUCUGGGCGAGAGCCUCUUAGCAGAAACAGAGAUGUGACUAGGAUACUCCUGCAGCGUCUACUAAGAAAAGCAAUGUUUGCCUGUAUGGGUGGGCCAUGUGCAAUGCGUGCAUGGAGUGUGUGUGUGUGUGUGUGUGUUCACACCACACAUGCUGGGUGAAUGUCUGUGCUGUAUGUGUGCAUACCCUGCUGUGCCCAUGCCCACGUGCCUCCAGGAGGCCUGCCCCAAUUAUGCGCUCACAUCCUUCAAGUCCCAUCCAUGCCACCUUUGGGUUCUGAGUUUUGGAUCCUGGCCUGAGUGAAUCUACAUGAGUGUCUGUGUCACAUGCUCUGUCAGCUGCUUGUGCUUAUCCACUCACUGCAUGUUUCGAUCACACAGCCUCCCCCUCCUAGCAGUACAUUCCUGACCCACGUGCUGAAGGUUGUAUUUAUUCAGAGGUAUAUAUUUGUGUAUAACAGAUGUUCUUUCUAUUGCUUGUACCGGUGUCUUGAAGAGAGUUUUAUAAAGGUCACAGACGUGGCACAGCUCAUGGCUGCAAGAGGCUCUAUCAUUCCUGCUCCCACUGACAGGGAAGGGCGUUGAAUGGGCUGGGAGAGGUUGAUUGAGCGGGUGAGCCCGUAUGUCCUGGAGCAGGUGCUGGGCAGAGUGUGUGAGCAAAGACCACAUGGCCAGACUCUACUGCUCUGUCUCCACUUCCCCAUGACCCAGCGCUGGCUAUCAGGCUGGAUGGGCUGAGAAGUUCUUGAUUCUGUCCUUGUGGGAGAGAGCCAGAUCCAGUGCAUGUAUAUAGGAGAUGCUAGAAGGCCUGUAUGUACCAUGGCUCUCUUCUGUUCCAUGAGAGCAGAGCCCUGAAAUCUCACUCAUUGCUGGUACCUUCGAAGCAUUUGCUCCCACAAGGAAUCAAAGCGGAGCCAGAUUCUGUAUAGCCCCAUCUCCUUGAAGGGGGGAAUUACAGUGAGAAAGGGCCAAAGCCCUUGCAGUAACAGGGGCCUGUCCCUCUAAUCCUGGAGCUCUUCUAACUCUAGCUCUUCUGUCAACAGCUGCAGAGCUGGCCAGUGAAAACCUAGGUGCUACAGGCAGAGGGGAGGGGGACUCAGGCAGGGGUGCGCUGCCCUUUUCACUCAAUGCCUCUGGA